AUGCUUUCCCGCAGUGCAACUCGCCUUCUGCGCGCCGGCCCAGCCGUCCGCCCCUCCCUCCGCACGUCCAGCACAGUCCGCCAAGCCGCGGCUCCUCUCCGCCGCAGCUACCCAGCGCAUCCGCGGGCAUUCUCUUCCUCCGCGACCUUCUCCAAGGGCCUCCAGCCUGACUCGGAAGACCCCCGUCCACCGAAUCCGCAGGCUACUCCCAUCGCUGGGGCCGCCCCGCAUGUCACCGAGCCGACGGCUCUGACACCGGAGGAGUACCGCGACUACUCGGAGCACUACUUUAACGUUCUUCUCCGGGAGCUGGAGAAGGCGCAAGAGGAGGGGUCGGAUGUGGAGGCAGAGUACAGCGCCGGCGUCCUCAACAUCUCCGUCCCGGCGCUCGGCACCUACGUGCUGAACAAGCAACCCCCCAAUAAGCAAAUCUGGCUCAGUUCGCCGAUCUCCGGACCCAAGCGGUUUGACUGGAUCGUCGAGGGCGACCGCAUGCACGAGAAGCAGGACUCGCGGCCGUUCGUGCACGGGCAAUGGAUUUAUCUUCGGGAUGGGUCGAACCUGACAGAGCUUCUGAACUCGGAACUGACCCUACGGUUGCCGAAGGACAUCUAUGGGGAGGUCAUGGAUGCGUGA